GUAAGCAAUCAUCCUACUCAUCUCUGCUGUAAACCACUUAAACUCCGGUUAACUCGAGUUAUGGAACUGGGCCUUAAACUAUAGUUAACUCAAGUUGUGGAACCAGGCUUAAGAGUGGCAAGACUAACUGCGAAAAUAGAAAAUUAUCGCAAUCAAGGAAGGAGUCACAAAUUAAAGGGACACUAUUUAUAAAAAGUGCCUUGACUUAAUAAAUAUUACGUAUUAAUAGUAAAACAUUAUUUUUAGUAAAUUAAUUCAAAUGCAUAUUCCGAGUUCUCUUAGAUGGUUUUAAAUUCUCCAGGGAUUUAUUAAUUAUCGUAACAUUCUCGGUUAUAUUCGUUGAAUUUAAAUUCUUGAGAAUGUAAAAACACUGGCUGCAACACCUUCGGUUACCUGAAAGAAGUAUUUUGAAGUAGUAGCUAGUUUGUUUCCUCUCCGCCAAUGAAAUCGCCGCGCGGAAGCGCCAACGCCUGUUGCUAGCCUCGUCGACGCGCGCGCAUUCGAGAGGACGCUGGUAAUAGCCAGCCGUACCAAUCACGAUCUCGAGAGUUAUCGCGUGCUCGGAUUGGCGGGCGUUCAGUUGGCAAGGCCGCUCGUCUGGCGUGCAGAGCCGUGGAGAGCCGUGGAGAGCCGUGCAAAGAGCGGCGCAGAGGUGAGUGCGACUUGUGACGAAGAGGCGUGCUGCCGUGGGUAUUCUGGAGUGCACGUCUUUUUUUUUUUUCUGGCAAAAACAAGCCGGCCGCUGUUUGUCGAGCCCGAGCAGUUAACGGAGGAUUAAAUCUCGCUCGGGGAGAAAGGGAGCGAGCGAGCGGGGAGCGUUUGAUGGGUCUCGUGAGUGUCGCGUUCCCGUUUGAGUGGCGUGUCGUGAGAGCGCGUGAGUGACCGCGAGGCCCGAUUUGUUUCGUCGGCGCGACGUAAGGCCGUUUUCGCCCGCGAUCGAGAUCGAUCGACCGGCUUCAUCCACGGCACGAACGGCGGAGACCUCGAGGAGCCGAUUCGCGUCCCGCGUGCAGCGAGAUCUGCGGAACGGGCGCACGAGCGCGAGUUCCUGUCGCCUCGUCCGACUCUCGAAGACUGGCCUCGAGAACGACCGCCCUCCAGGUUAGGCCCUCUUGGCCGAAGAGGUUCGCACCGAGUCUUUCCCUCGUCCCCGUGACACAUUACGUCCCUAUGAGGGCUGCGGCGAGCCGUGCGGGCCAAGGUUCGAACCACGUAGCGGAUAGCUCGAAGGGUGGCGCACGCCUGCGAUGAGCAUGCCGACCAAGGGUAAGCACCACCAUCCGUCCCAUCACCACCAGCACCACCCCCACCAGCAGCAGCAACAACAGCAACAACAGCAACAACAGCAACAGCAAGUACACCAUCCGCAGCAGCCGCCCCCACCGCCCCCGCAACAACAGCACGUCGUCAACGUCAACGUCAACCAGCCCGGCGUGUCCCACUCGCCACAGGCCUACAACGUCGUCGUCGCCAACGCCACGCGUUACGUGCCGCAUGCCGGAUCGGACUUUCAUGUACCUGGACAAAAUUACGGCGCCCAGCCAGGUGGGCAGGUGGGUGGAGGAGGGGGCAACGUCGUUGUACAAGGAGGCAGAGGACCUCCUCCGUUAGGGAGUUUACAAUCUAUAGGGCAGUCGACGGCUGGGAUACCUCCUGGAGCUUCGUCAGGUGGGCAGCAACCUCCGCCGCAAGCUCAAACGCCAGGAGUUCAAUCCCAACAGUCGCAGGGUCCAGCCCCUACUAAAACUCCUCCUGUACACACCCCAUCGCCUCAAGAAAUGGGGAAACAGGCUCAUCUUCAAACGGCACCUCCACCUUUGCAGCCAGUAUACAUGCAGAACCAAACAAGACCUACCUCUCAGGGUUAUUACCAGGGUCCUCGGCCGCAACAACCUAGGAGUAUCGGUCACAGAGGUGGUCAGGGGGGUGGUGGGACCCAAGUUGUUGGCAUGCCAGGGGUAAACGGUGGCGGAGGGCAACCUAUGGCUGCAUAUCCGCACCAUGCCAGUAUAGCCGUGCAACCAAGCCCUAUGUACGUUCCGGGUCAGGUCGGCGUACAUACUGGUCCGCAUCAGCAGACCGUAUAUUCCAAUCAAAUACCCAUUCAGGUAGUAUUUCCUGGACCACCUCAAAGACAUCAAACGCAUCAACCUCCAUCUUUUUACCCGUCUUUUCCACCCCUGUUAACGACAGGCAUGUACGGAUAUCCAUCGGGGCCCGCCCCACAAUCCGGAUACUAUUACACACCGACCAGCUCACAGUUAAAUUUAAGCAGGGCAGGUGGCGGUGCUGUUAGUGGUGGAGCGCAACAUGUCGCAGGCCCGCUGGCCGGUGCCCAAGGAGCUCCUGUGGUACCUCAAGGUACACUUCAUCAACCCACACAGCAACCCCAGUCUAUGCCUCCAAUGCCAAUACCUCUCGCUCAGACUGAAGUUUACUCGGGACAUAAUGGCGGAGCAGCGAGUGCAACGAAUAACCAGGCUACAUGUAAAAGGCAGAGGAUAAAAAGGAUUAUAGACAUCGUCGACCCGAGAACGGGAAGAAAUAUUAGCGGCGAAAUUUACAAGGACGAUACGAGCACGCAAAGUGGAGGAUCAAGUAAUCGCGAUACUCCACAGCCGCAGAACACCGGCGGUGACAUGAUAGCUCUCGAGUUCGCGGCGAUGGUCGCGAAGUCGAUCGCCGGCGAGGGGUCGGAGUCCGAAUCCCCGGUAUUGGCUAGCGCACCGGCGACUCCUCCCACCUCCCAGAGCGUAUCUCAAACUCUUCCUAAUCUAAAGAUCCAAACGAAUUCCACUAACGAGACGAAUAGUCAGUCCAAUACGAGCCCCUCCACGCCCACGCAAACCGUACCCACUCCCGGUAGCCAGUCGUUAGGUCCCACCGGGAGCAGCGGCCUGACCCAGCCGGCGGCGGAGCCUUCCCUCUCGGCGCCCAAGCCGGAGUCAAAGCCUCUGCAGUUCCCGGCCAAGGAGUUCCAGCCGAGGGUCGAGACGAAGGCGGAAUCGAAAGCGGAAUCAAAGGCCGAGCCGAAGGCCGAGCCCAAGGCCGAGCCCAAGGCCGAGCCCAAGGCCGAGCCCAAAGUCGAGCCCAAAGUCGAGCCCAAAGUCGAGCCCAAAGUCGAGCCCAAAGUCGAGCCCAAAGUCGAGCCGAAGGUCGCCCUCCCCGAGGACUCUCACCCUAGCCUAAUCCAUGUCAACAAAGAUCCUAUUCCUGCACAGCCAUCCGCUACGGCCGGCGUUUCCUCCCAGGAGCCGGAACCGAAGGCCGUGGUCCCGACGCCGAGCGUCCCCCAGGCGACGACGCCCGCCGUUCCGGCCGCGCCGGCCCCGGUCGCGGGCGAAGUCCUCGCCCCGACGACGGCCACUGCCCCUGCCGCCCCCGCUGCCGCCGUCCCCGUCGCUUCCUCGGUCCCGGUGGCGAUGCCGAACCUCGUCUCCACUGCCACGGUUACCGCCGCACCCGCCAAGGAACCCUUUCCGAGCUUGGUCAGCAAAACUACGGCCACGAGCUCCUCGCCGCCUCGUAGGAAAUCUCAGGGACAGACUCAACCCGCGACCCAACCCGCGGCUCUUGUCCCCGAGAUGCCGCCGAAGGAGCAGCGCGAAAGGAAGUCCAACGAGAAGCGAGAGUCCCGAGCGUCCGCGGCCGCCCCGGUUACGCAGCCACCCCCGGAACACCACCGGAAGGCCAACGGCGAAGGUCCCGUCGAGAAACAGGAACUCGAAACAGUGCCUAAGAACGAGCCUCAACUGCAUCAUUCUCACCAGCAAAAGGCGGCCGAUGGUAAGGCGAUGCAAAAGCAGAAGAACAAGAACAAGCUGAAGCAUCGUGAUCUGAACCGCAAGGGCGCGGAGAAGGAGGGCACAGACAUGGACGCGUUUGUGAACCCGGCGCCCCCAGCGAAGCAGCAGCAUCAGCCUCAGGGUGCCAAGGAGUCCCUACCUCCGCACAAGGCCGUCUCCAAGGAACCCGCGAAGGAGAUAACCAAGGAGGCCAAGGAGAAGGACAACCAGGAAUCGAAGAAGGAAAAGGAGGCCAGUCCGGCGUCCUGCGUCGAGGAAGACGCCGCUCCCGAGAUCCCCGAAGAGGCCGCCCCUGCUAGGAGUCCGACCCCGACUCCGGCGUCGACUCCGGCGUCGACUCCGGUCACCGUUCAGGAGAAACCUGCGCCCGUCGUCGAGAAACCGACACCGAUUGUCGAAAAGCCGGCUCCACUCGUCGAGAAACACCCCUCGGUGCCUAGCCAGGUUCCCAACAAUAGGGAGUCCUCGAAGGAGUCGAGCCCGACGAUCGAGGAGCCCGCCAAGACGCCGGAGAUCCGUAAGGAUCUCGCCAACGACGUCGUCGACCACGCGAAGGUCAAGGUGGAGAUGGACAUCGAGUCGGCGUUGGUCGCCCAGAAGAACGAGGAGAACUCGAAGGUGUCGACCCUUAGGGCAUCCAGCGAGGAGAAGGAGAAGGAGCCCCAGGAGGAGGAGCCCGUCACCGAGCAGAGGAACGAAAACGAACCUCCGGGUCGUAUCGAGGUUCCUGUUCCUAAGAUUCCGCCUCUGAAAUACAAUUACGAGGAGGGUCAAUGGAGCCCCCUUAACAUGACUGGCAAGAGAACCUACAGCAGAGAGUUUCUUAUGCAGCUGCAGGAUGACCCGUGCACUAGAAUUAAACCGCUUAACUUACCCAACUUGGACGCCGUACUCAAAGACACGCAGGUGGUGGCUCGUCCCUCUAUUGAGCUCAGAGCGUUCAAGGAUACUAAUUUAAUCAGACACGACUCCCUCUUCCCCGGAUUCGCAAAGUCUUCGUUAAGUGCGAAAGUGCCAACUGCGAACAAGAAGAGCCAUUUAAAGACGACCAAGGCAACGAAACCAAAUGUGAUCCACGUUAGUUUACCUCUUCGAGAGGACGUUAAACUUCGGGAAACUGAAAAUGCUUGGAAACCUACUAGGUUAAAAGGUGAUUCCAUUUCUGAGGAGCAAGCCAAAACGGAAGUCCUGUACAAAAAAGUCCGUGGCGUGUUGAAUAAGCUCACUCCUCAGAAGUUUAACACGUUAGUUAACCAAGUCAGAGCUCUAGAAAUCGAUACUCAGGAAAGGUUACAAGGUGUAAUCAACUUGAUCUUCGAAAAGGCUGUCGACGAGCCUAACUUUGCCGUAGCAUAUGCUUACAUGUGCAAGGAACUAGGACAAAUGGCAGUUUCCGACGAUUCGAGCAAUCAGGAAAAGUCAUCUAAUUUUAGGACAUUAAUUCUCAGUUGCUGCCAGCGUGAAUUUGAAAAGAAUACCGAUGAAAGUGCCAAGACACAGAAACUGAAGGAAAUCGAUGAAUGCGCGGAUCCUGAAAAGAAGAAAGAACUGCAGGUGGCACUCGAAGACUCAGAACGACGAAUGAGAGUCAAAUCUGUUGGUAAUAUUAGGUUCGUCGCGGAGCUUUACAAGCAAGGCAUGCUUACGACAAACAUCAUGCACAGGUGUAUACGCCAUUUAAUAAAACAGAUCGACGAAGAAAGUUUAGAAUGCUUGUGUAAAUUACUGACUACUGCCGGCAAAGAUUUAGACGCAAAAUCGGACGUGUCAGAAUAUUUCAAGCAAAUGCAGGAAAUCGUGGGUCGUCGGGGUUCUGGGAAAAUCAGUUCGCGUGUCAAAUUUAUGCUUCAAGAUGUGAUAGACUUGAGGGCAAAUAAAUGGGUGCCAAGGAGAGACGACAGUCGUCCUAAAACAAUAGACCAGAUUCAAAAAGAAGCAGAAUUAGAGAGGCUAGAUACGCAAUUUAAUAAUACGCCUCUAAAUACCCCGCGAAAGGACGACCGUAACAGUGAUAGAAGACGAAAUCGUGGCCCUGGCCCAAUUGAAGAGGGAGGCUGGAGUCAGCCGGUUAGUAGGACACGACAAACAUACUCCGUUGAAACAGCCAAACUUAAAAAUAAGCCUCCUUCUAUGGAUGAUUUGCAAUUGGGAAGCAGAAACGCAUAUAUGUGGGCAAAGCCGGUUUCUUCCACUGGUAACUCGAAGACGCCAACAGUAAAUAAAUUCGCGUGUCUUGAAAACAUCUCAACCCUCGACCAAGAUAAACGUGUUCCACUACAACUCUCAGGAUCGAGAUCGACUGGUCCCAGGGAGUAUGGACGACCUGACUACAAAUCAUCGUAUGAUGGUAGAAGUUCUCGCAACGGUAGUCACCAAAUGAGCAGUGGCCCCUCGAGUAGAGAAAGUGCUUUACUCGACAGCUCUCGAAGCCAGAGCCUGUCGAUGCCGUCACCUUCCGUAAAACCUCCACCGCCAGUGGCAGCGAUACCUGUUAGUAAACCUCCAUUGUCCGAGGAGCAGUUUACGAAAGCGCUCAACACAAUCAUCGAGGGAUGUCUUGCGGAGCCUAGUGUUGAUCGCACGGUGCAAUAUGUACGGGAGAAUUUCGACGAUUCAACGAUAACAAAAUUAAUCAUCGCAGCCAUCAAUACGGUUUUAGAAAAGUCGUCUUUUGCCCGAGAACAAGUAUCCCGACUGAUGUCGCAAUGCAUAGCCCAGAAAAUCUUGCCAUUGUCGCUCUUCAGAGUUGGGUUCGGAGAUGUACUAGAUAUGGCAGAUGAUCUAAUUAUUGAUAUUCCGAAGAUUUGGACGUACUUUGCCGAACUCAUGACCCAUCUUGUGAUAGAAGAUACCCAUCCACUAGCAGAAUUGAAGACUACUGUAGCAAAGUUAAAGAGUCAAGGGAAGGCUGGAAAGAUGGUGGGCACUUUGUUAGCUAAAUUGGCGCAAGAUAAGGGACCUCAAUGGGUUAAAGAAAAGUGGGACCAAAGUGGGUUGACGUGGAGUGACCUUAUCGAGAGAGAGAAUGUCGAUAACAUUAUUAAAGAGCGCAAAUUGGGAUUCCUGGUCGGUGACAGCAAUAGUGUAGAAGGCAGCGGACAGCAACGUCAACUGAGCAUGGAUCAGAUACAUGAACACCUCAAAAAUCUUCUGAACGAUAGUACCUAUGACGAGAUCUGCAAUUGGAUAUCCGCUAAUGUGGGUGAUCGAGUCAAAUCUACGCAGUUCAUCAAAGUUCUAACGACUGCCAUUUUGGAGAAGUGUAUCACGUUCCAUAAUAAGUCGUAUAAAUUCGACAAGGACAAGUUCAGCAACUUGCAGACGUUGAUUCAACGUUACGUCGAUACGAAAGGAAACCUCGAGCUGCAAUGCCUUCUAGCGGUUCAAGUCUACGACAGGAAGAUCGAGCAUCCGCGCGGCCUUCUUCUGGAGAUCUUCCGCAACUUGUGGGAGGACACGGUAAUUUCAACGGACGCUUUCUCGGCCUGGGAGCUGAGUCCCCUCGAGGCUGACGAGAAGGGCGUCUCCGUUAAAGCCGUCUCCGCGUUCCUGGUCUCGAUGAAGGAAUCGGAGGAGGUGCCCGACGAAGACACGUGAGGCUCCUUGCCUUGUUACUGGUUCUUCUACCGUCAGCCGUAAAUCCCGAUGGAUAGCCGCCGACGUGUCGAGGCCAGGAGACGCGCGACUGGGCCUCUCCAUCGUCUUCUCGGACGAGCGGCGGCUUUUCGAUCGCACCAACCCGCGGUGACCUCCUCAGGAACCCACGUUAACCCGAGAACAGAAAACACGAAAAGUGGCCAAAUUGAAGUUGUUUUAUAUAUACAUAUUAUAUAUAUAGAUAUAUAAAAAUGGAGAACACAAUGGGAAAGAGAGACCCGCGGAUAAAUGAAUAAUUACCAUACAAGUGGCGGAACUUCGGUGAAAGAAAAAAAAAAAUGUUACGGUGGUGUGCGGGAGUGUAUGUAAUAUAGCCUAGGGACAACUUCGAUAGGAAACUUCGACUCGAAAGGACGACGCGCGGAAGAACACACGUUACUAUUAAAAAACGGACACGCAAGAAUGGCCGUAUUUGAGAUACGCUAUACAUAAUGAAGAUAAAGAUUAACUAUUAAUUAUGAUACAGAAGUAAAAUGCAAGAUAAUUAUUAUAUAUAAUUCAUUAAAAUGGUUUAAAGUUUAAAUAAAGCAAAAAAAAAAUACAAAAACUUGUGAGAGGGCGGGAGAUGUGUGCAUGUGCGAGAGGGAGAGAGAAAGGGAAGAAGGAAAGAGAGAGAGAGAACGACGUCGUGCUUUUUUACGUUUGAUGAAAUGUCUCUCUGGCUUUCGACCUUUUGGCGAUCGCGGAACGGAGCACGAGAUCCCAGCGAGAUUUCGUGCCCCGUUGUUGAUCCGCGGAGAGGUCCGUAAAAAAUCGGGCCCCUCUCGCCUGCGUGGACUAAAGUUUAGAUGCGCGAGAAAAACUUGCGAAUUUACCACCGGCAAUCCAGACUGCACUUAGCGAUUGAAGUAAGAAAAAUUGAGAAAACCUGGUUCUUCGUACGAAAAACGAAAAAAAGUAAUUACUCUACCCGCGCAGGCGAGGCGAGACCACCGGUCAUUACAUAGGUCGUUAAAAGCGGAGGAAAAACUUUUUGGAAGACCUCCGAAAGAGCCGGAGAAAGAGAGAGACGAUGUGCGAUGUGAGUUCGAUAAUUCGACAUGUUUAUAAAGGAUUCACGGAUUAUGGAGAUCAAAUGGUGUGCAUACUAAGGCGCUACUAUUUUUUACAAACCUAGUUAUUUAUAAUUAUCGAAAUACUUUGGAAGAGAGAGAGAGAGAGAGAGAGAGAGCGAGAAAAGAGCGAAUGGUACGCACGACGUCUCCGCGGGUGCGCGCGCCUGCGCCAACUAGAUUUCGGCGGCGAGUUCGGCGCACUGCACUCGUCAUUGAGAGAUCGUCGUGCCCACGAGUUUGACCGCGUCAACGCAAAUGAUUAAUUACCCGUGCGACUAUGUCGAGACGUCGUACGCGCGCGUAUCGAACAUAUUGUAUAUCUAUGUAAAUAGACGUCUGCACGAGUAUAGCGCGGUUUCGGCCGAAAUUGGAGAACGAUCGCAUCGUCGUGUCGACUGUCACGUCGAACGCCAUUUUGCUACCGACGCGACUAACGGACGGCCCGAUCGAGUCCUCGAAAAGGGGGACUAUCUCGAAAGGGGAAAAAAACGAAAGGAGAGAUCGUUCCGGUAGGGAGAAACGCGCGUUGGACUAACGUCGAACCAGCGAGAGAACUCGUUCACGGAGACAAUGGACUAACUUUCUACGAGAAAUGUAUUACAAACGCGGGCCGUGUGUAGUAACCGCGCCCCCUCCGCGCGAAAGACUCUCGCCGAGGCCGACGACGCGCGUCGAACCUUUGCUACUGCCGUUGCCUUUUUUCUCGCCGCGUCGAGACUCUCGUCCCUUGUUCUCCUUGCUUUGCGCGUUCUCUUGAAACGAGGAGACUCGGGGGAAGGAAUCCCGUAGACUGCAUCGAGACACUCUCGAAGGGUCGGCGAUACGUUCGCAGCCAUAGGGCGCGCCCCGAGAUAUGUCAGACGGAGAAAGAAGAUAGACGGUAUUUAGGGAAUUUGAAACGAUUAUAAUUUAUUCACGUGGGCGGUCGCGGGGAAACCCUUGUCGAACGUUUCGGACGGACGAUGCGUGGCGAGAUGAGGGAGUUACUGUAAAUAAUACGCUAGGAUGUACGAUUAAGCGGAAAGCGAAGUCUAGCUAUACAUAAUUAAAGUCGACGGGACUGGUUGGGGUCCCCGCUCGGUUGCGCGGGGACGGCACUGUGCGACGCUGUUCCUCUCGCCUCUGCUGACUACAUAUACAUAUAUACAUAUGGAUACUAUAUAUGUGCGUAUAUAUGUAUAUACACACACAUACAAAUAUAUAUAUAUAAUAUAAAUACGAGUAAUAGUAAGGAGUCACAUGCAAACACACACGGACACGUACACUUCUAUAAUAAAUCAUAUCUAUAAAAAGAAAAAACAAUAAAAAAGAACUCCAUGCCUAAAGUA